ACCAUUUCUUAUAUAAGUAGUAAGGUGGGAGUGAAGUCAAAAACUCAAAAGUUAAGCUAAAUUGCAUACUUGCCACUCCACACGUCAAUUCCCUAGAACUUUGGGAACCUCUUCGGUUUUUUUUUUUUUUUUUUUUUGCUCUACGCCUUUUAGUCUCCCUCCUGGAGAAGCCAAAUCCAAUGCCCCAGCAAAUUCUUCAUUCACUCGUCUAUUCAAGAAGUCCAGAAAUCACCAACAUAAUUCCAUGCCCAAAUCAGGGAAAGUAAUAAGCCCUAAUCUUUGAAUUUAAUAUUCAUACUUUACUUAUAUUUUCUCUUCAAUCUUCUAAGAGUUGCAUACCCGCUUCAAUCUAACUCUUGAUCUGCAACUGCUAUGGCCGUAGCUCAAGAAAAUCAACCACACGAGCCUCACAUCAAUGGCGGAAGAAGUAAUCAACCUUCAAUUUCAUCAACAAUGGAAGAAAAGAUAAAUAAAACUACGAAACGGCAGCGUCGACCAAGUGUUCGUUUGGUGGAAAUUGGGGAUCAACCUGCUGCAGCUUUAACGAAACAGUGGAAAUCGAUUGAUAGAGUUUCCAAACCUUGUUCUUUAACUAAUUUGGAUGGAUUGGAAGAAGGUAAUGAAGACGAACAAUUAGGGGAGGAGGGAGAAAGGGGUGAUUUUAUUCGUGAUAAUAUUGCAAUUGGGAGUUGGAAAUAUAAGGGUUCUAAGCCUAAAAGGGAAUCUAAACGACCUCGAACCAAUUGGGUAUCGAAAAGAAAUGAUGAUAAAGUUGGGGGAGUAGAUGGGUUUUCUAGGGAUUUUGAAUUGGAUGGUUCUGAAAGUCCAUUGAAUGAAAAGAACCCAGUUCAUCAUUCUUUGGAUAAUGAAAAAGAUUUGCAAUUCAGAGCAAAUCAUAUUAAUAUGACAAGAUUUGGGGAUCAUGGGAUUGAUUUAGAUGGGGCUUUUGAUAAUGGAGGGCAUAGUGCAAGAGGAUGGGGAAGAGAGGAUGAAAAUGGUGUUAGGGUUUGGUUAGAUGAGUUAAAAUUAGGUAAGUAUUGGCCCCUUUUUGAGAUUCAUGAAGUGGAUGAAGAGGUUCUGCCAUUGUUAACAUUAGAGGAUCUUAAAGAUAUGGGGAUUCAUGCUGUGGGUUCAAGAAGAAAAAUGUAUUGUGCAAUUCAGAAGCUUAAUCAAGAGAUUUCUUGAAUGGGUUUCUUGUUCUUUAGAAUUAAUUUUUAGGGUUUUCUUCUUUAUUUGUGUGCUGAAGACGGCAUGCUAGAAGUGGUUUCUACUAUUGGUGUAAAGUCGGAGCAACGGUGGUGGUGGAGAUGAUGGUGAGGAAGAAGAAGAAGAUGCAAGAGAUGUAACCAAGUGCAACAGCAGUAGUAAUUUUGUGGCAAAAGGCAUGAAAAUGAUCACAAAUUGGCAUCCACCCA